AAGUGAGAGCCUGAAAACGAAGCUCCGUCGUCUCUACCAUCAAUCAACCAAAUGGUGUUCUCUACUAUCAUCCGGAGAGCCGCUUCAUCAGUAGCGCCUCUUGCAGUGCGUGCCGUCGUUGGGACUCAGAGAACACAUCAUGAUAUCCUAUUCAAUUCCUUGAAGAACAUCGUUGUCUCCCAGGAGCUCUGUCGAAGGACAUUUCUUCCAACCUUCUUCAAUUUCUCUUCGGUCGCUAAGAGGUCCAGUUCCGACGAGAGUCUACUAAAAACCAUCGAAUCGGAGAUAAAGUGUGCCGAGGAAUCAGACGAUCACGACAGGGUUGAAGAGAAGCCUGAUGGGUUCCCUUUUGAAAUCCAAGACAACCCAGGACAGCAAACCAUAUCACUAAAAAGAGAAUACCAGGGUGAAGUCAUCAAAGUUGAAGUUCACAUGCCCGAUCUUGUUACUGGUGAUGUUGGCAAUGACAAUGACGAUGAUGAUGAUGAUAGCGAGAAGAGUAACCAAUCCAGCAUCCCACUGGUUAUAAGUGUUUCCAAAGGAAAUAAGCUCUGUUUGGAGUUUGGUUGCACUGCUUACCCAGAUGAGAUUACAAUUGAUAGCUUGUCUGUCAAGGAACCAGAAGCUUCCGAAGAUCAGAUUGCCUAUGAGGGGCCGGACUUCAUGGAUUUGGAUGAGAACCUGCAAAAGGCUUUCCACAAGUAUUUGGAGAUCAGAGGGAUCAAACCCAGCACUACCAACUUCUUGCAUGAGUAUAUGAUCAACAAGGAUAGUAGAGAGUACUUGAUGUGGUUAAAGAACCUAAAGAAGUUCAUCGAGAAGUAAAAAUAGUUACUGUCAGUGAAAUUGAACAGUUGAAUGCUUUUUGUUUUGUACCAUUUCUUUUUGCUGUUUGAACUUUCAUGAUAAGAAUCACCGAUCCAGUCAUUUACUCAUA